AGCAACAGCUCUGGUUGGCAUGCUGAUCUUAAUAACAUGACACAGUAUUCUCAUGAAUACUCUGUCUCAAACGAUUUACUAACCGUAGAAAGCGAUCGCUCUUUCUUUGCUAGGGAGACACAUGCCACUGAAUCCCCACGCUGUGUGUUGGUUGAGUCUGAUUUUCCAUUUUGCUAUGGUCUGAAUACCGGUAGUUUCACAGUACCCAACUUUCUUAACCAGAGCAGUGUGGAGGAUGUGCAGGCACUUCUGGGUGAGUGGGCUUUUCUCAUUCAGUCAGGCUGCCACCAUGCAGUGGAGUGGUUUUUCUGUUUGCUAGCAAUGCCACGCUGUGGGGUGCCAGGCCUACCCCCACAGAUGCCAUGCCGCAGCUUCUGCGAGCUCCUGAUCGACAGCUGCUGGACACUCCUGCAGGACAGACGCCUCCCAGUGGAAUGCAGCUCACUCCCUGAGGAGAGUGAUGAUGGCAGUCAGUGCUUGUCCGUUUGUACCCAGAAAGGGAGAGUUGUUUCGCUUUUACAGCUGAUUAGUUCCCCUCUUCCUGAAGGUGUCACCAGUAGUUAUGAAGCAGACCCUGGCUUUGUGCUCGAUCAGAACUCCAAGAUUAGUAUGCCGGCCCGCGUGCACCUGCCCCCAUCUUUUUACCGUGACUUUUCACUCCUGUUCAACCUGAAGCCCACUUCCACCAAAGCUGGAGUCAUCUUCUCAAUCACUGACACCAACCAGCAAAUCAUGUAUGUGGGGGUGAAGCUUACAGCCGUGAAGAACAGAAAGCAAGACAUUGUCCUGUUCUACACUGAGCCAGACUCCCAGGCAUCCUAUGAGGCUGCAAGAUUCACUGUUCCCUCCCUUGUCAACAACUGGACUCGUUUCUCUAUCAGCAUAUUGGAUGAUCAAGUCACGCUGUACCCCAGUUGUGACUCAGAGCCCCAGAUGCUUCACUUUGAGCGUUCUCCAGAUGAAAUGGAGCUGGAAACAGGAGCCGGAAUCUUUGUGGGUCAAGCUGGAAAAGCUGAUCAUGAUAAGUUUGUGGGUAUUAUUGGAGACCUAAAGGUGGUUGGAGACCCUCAUGCAGCUGAACAGUAUUGCGAGGAAGAAGAGGACGAUUCCGAUGGGGCCUCGGGUGAUUAUGGAAGUGGUGAUUAUGAAACCAAGCACACAGUCACGACCACAAGCCAACCUUCCAAUCCCCUACAGCAGCCGCCACUGAACCCGACUGUGGUAACAGUGAGCAAGGAUUUGUCUGAAGGCUCAGUUGAUGGCUAUGGAUGGAUUUCUGGCUCAUAUGCUGAUUCUCAUCGAACGUCUUCCUCGCAAGGUAAUUCUGGACGAUUGUCUGGAUCAUAUUACGAUUCUUCUGGCACGUAUGACAAUUCACACGGAAUAUUUGGCUCAUAUGAACCAGCAUCUGAGACACAUGGCGAUUCCCAGAGAACAUCUGUCUCAGGCGAUGGCACACGAACUUCAGUUUUGAGCCAAGAUAACAGGCGAAGCUUUGAACGAACUGCCGAUUCAGGGAGAACUUCAAACUCUCGGAGAGUAACAAGUUUGUCUGAUAUCUCGUAUGCUGCGAGUACUGGUGGCCAAGGACUUACUGGUGCUGAGAGAAGCAACGCUGUGGAGCUCAGGCCUGGGAUUUCCAGAUCCCAAGUGUUCACAGAAACAGGUGGAGCUCGGAGAGAAAAAGGUGAGAAAGGCGACAGAGGACCCAAAGGAGACCGUGGACCUGAGGGGCCCAAGGGAGAUGCAGGGUACAGGACCGGAUCUGGAGGCAGCACCAAGGGAGAGAAAGGCAGCCCAGGAGAGAAAGGAAUGAAGGGUGCUGCAGGAUUUGGCUAUCCUGGACCAAAGGGUGACCAAGGACCUCCUGGUCCUCAAGGUCGUCCUGGUCCUCCCGGUCCCAGUGUUGAUAUAGUGGAGAGAGGGGAUGCAGUAGUGCAACGUAUAACAGGACCAAGGGGACCUCCAGGACCUCCAGGGCCUCCUGGGCCUGAAGGAGAACAUGGUGACCCUGGUGAAGAUGGAAUUGCUGGACCACGUGGACCACCUGGUUUCCCAGGAACCCCUGGAGAUCCUGGAGCUAAAGGAGAAAAAGGUGACAAGGGUGAAGGUUAUCCCGGACCGAGAGGACCCCCAGGACCUCCGGGACCUCCAGGACCCCCCUCUCGCUCAGACAGGCCUACAUUUGUGGACAUGGAGGGUUCUGGCUUUGGUGAUCUAGAGGAUGUGCGGGGCUUGCCUGGUCCUCCUGGCCCACCCGGCCCACCCGGCCCCCCAGGACCUGCAGGCCCUACUAGUGCCUCACACGUUGCUGUUUCUGGUGUAUCUGGACCUUCAGGUCCACCUGGAAAGGACGGCAUUCCAGGACAACCGGGACUUCCAGGUCUCCCGGGUCCUACCGGAAAGCCCGGCCUGCCUGGCCCUAAAGGAGAGAAGGGUGAUACCGGCGAGCUCGGCUUACCUGGAGCUGUGGGAGAAAAGGGUGCACAGGGGCCUCCCGGUCCACCAGGACUACCCGGACAGUCUGGUCUCGCUGGCCUUCCAGGACCAAUGGGACCCGUGGGACCACCUGGACCUCCAGGGCCAAGAUACCCUGCUGGAUUUGACGACAUGGAGGUUUCAGGUUCUUUCAGUGGCGUGCCUGGAGUCAGAGGACCAGAAGGCGUACGGGGUCCACCUGGUCUGCCGGGUCAGCCUGGUAUACCUGGGGAGAAAGGAGAGAAAGGCAACCAGGGACUUCCAGGGCCAGUUGGUCGUUCUGGACUUGAUGGCUUUCCUGGACCACCGGGACCACAGGGAGAGGUUGGAUUGAAAGGAGCGAGAGGUGAUCCAGGUCGUGAUGGUGUUGGCCUUCCAGGACCCCCUGGACCUCCAGGACAAAUUAUCUAUCGGUCUACAGAUGGUCUAUCAGCUGAUACUGUAUUUGAAAGACAACUGGGCCCCAUGGGACCGAAGGGCGAGAGAGGAGACCCAGGUACUCCAGGACAUGGCAUUAAGGGUGAGAAAGGAGAACCUGGUGUGGUUAUUGGACCUGAUGGAAGCCCUCUAUUUCUUAGUUCAACAGUUGGUCAAAAGGGGGAUCGUGGACUUCCUGGACCUGUUGGACCGACUGGAGCAUAUGGUCCUCCUGGCAUGAAGGGUGAGAUCGGGAUGCCAGGCAGGCCUGGUCGGUCAGGUAUAGUCGGAAGUAAAGGAGAAAAAGGAGAGCCAGGCUCUGGUUCAGGAUACAGUUAUCCUGGCCCACCUGGGCCUCCAGGUCCUCCAGGUCCCCCUGGAACCCCAGCAUAUCCUCUAGCUGUGGACAGAUUUGGUAGAUAUGACGAUUCUGCAAGAGUGUAUCCAGGUAUGAAAGGAGAGAAGGGAGACCGUGGGGCCCCUGGUACUCCUGGUGUGUCAGGCAGCUUUGAUAUUUACACUCUGAAGACAGAGCUGAAGGGAGAGCGUGGAGACCCCGGACUGAAAGGAGAGAAGGGCGAGCCGGGCGGACACUACGGUUCUCACUACGGAGGUGUGCAGGGACCACCAGGACUUCCUGGUCCUAAAGGAGAUUCUAUCCCUGGUCCUCCUGGUCCACAGGGUCCACCAGGACCUCCUGGUGUUGGUUAUGAAGGCCGUCCAGGAAAUCCAGGACCACCAGGACCUCCCGGGCCACCUGGUUCACCCUCGUUACCUGGCGCUCACAGGCCGAUCAGCAUCCCUGGCCCUCCAGGUCCUCCUGGCCAACCUGGGUUGCCUGGCCAGAAUGCUGGAGUGACAGUACUGAGAACAUUUGACUUAAUGCUCGCAGCGGCACAGAGACAACCAGAGGGUGCUCUCAUCUACGUAACAGACAAAAGCGAUCUCUAUGUCAGAGUGCGUGAUGGUGUCAGACAAGUCAUGCUUGGGAAUUAUAACCCCUUUUACAGAGAUUCAAACAACGAGGUGGCAGCAGUACAGCCUCCCCCAGUAGUGCACUACUCUCAAAGCCAUUCAGCAAAUAAUGGAGCAGGGCACUACGCCCAUGCUGUUGACACUCCAGUCCAGCAACCAGAAAGCCACGUGAGCGAGCAUUCUCAGUCAGGCACUGAUCGACGUUACAGCACACACUACUCCCCUCACCCGGACACCAGGUACCCACCUCAACCAGACCACAAAUAUACGUCCCACACUGAUCAGCACUACGUCCCUGUACAGCCAGAGAGGCACCACAGCACCCCGAUCCUCAGACCCAGCACACCCAUCCAUCAACCUGAGAGUCAUGUACACACAUCAGGACCAGGGCUGCAUCUGAUCGCCCUGAACAGCCCUCAGGUGGGGAACAUGAGAGGCAUCCGUGGCGCAGACUUCCUGUGCUUCCAGCAGGCCCGUGCUGCAGGCCUGAAGGGAACAUUCAGGGCUUUCCUGUCCUCCAAACUGCAGGAUCUCUACAGCAUCGUUCGCAAAUCUGACAGAAACACACUGGCUAUUGUCAACCUUAAGGACCAAGUGCUGUUCAGGAGCUGGGAAUCGGUGUUCGGUGAUUCAGAGGGCAGGCUGAAGACCAACGUGCCCUUAUAUUCAUUUGAUGGCAGAGAUAUCCUCAGGGACAGUGCUUGGCCAGAGAAGAUGAUCUGGCAUGGCUCCAGUGCCGAGGGUCACCGUCAAUUGGAUAACUACUGUGAGACGUGGAGGACGUCGGAUCACGCCGUGAUGGGUCUGGCCUCAUCUCUGCAGGCUGGCCAGCUCCUACAGCAGAAACCCAGCAGCUGCUCCAACAACUUCAUAGUGCUGUGUAUCGAGAACAGCUACAUCACACAGUCUAAGAAAUAAAUGAUCUGUUAGUCCAAUAGAGUGCAGACCACAUUAGGUUAACUGUCUGGGAAGAUUUUUUUUUUUUCCACCCUGUUUAUAACGUAAAAACCAAAAAGAAAAUAAAUUAAAAACAAACAAACAGGGACUGGGUCUGUAUAGCAGAGAGGCUACCCGUUGUCCUCUGGUUCUUUUUAUAAUGCCAACAUGACAGGCUGUUGGCGCUGUCUCUCGGCAUUGGCACAUAUUUUCCAGGAGGGGUUUGAACCAGAGAGGACCGAAAAUGCAGAGAGGCAUGGUUUUCAAUUGUAUUUUCCAUAUAAAAUUGUAUAUGAAAUGUUUGUCAUUCCUGUUGGUUUUUAUGUUUCUUUAUAAAAAUGUCUUAAGUGGUAUAUUUAACCAGUUUUAGCUACGUAUUUUUGUAUAACUUUGUUUUCGUUUAUUGCUUCCGUUUUCAUUCAAGGAUAUUUUUAUUUUAUUUUAUUUUUUAUUUUUUGAAAAUUAAGGGUCAGACACGUCCAAAACCGUUUUAGAUUUAAGCCACAAACAGAGUAAAUAUUUAUUUUGCGCUUAAAACAAAGCAAAAAACACCCUAAAUGAUGAAUUUGAAACUGAAUAUUGUUUUCUUCUAUUUUAGCUCGCGCCUUUUGCUGGAUUUGUUUUCCAUAUCCACAGGCAAAAGUGUGAACCUAACAUAGGCUUUUCUUAAACCAUGACCACAAAAGAAUACUUUUGGGCUCCCUUGAAUAUUUCAGUAUUUAUCCCCUGAAUCAUAAGCUACAUACGGUUGUCACUUGUCGGCUAUGAGAUCAAACGUAUAUGAAAGAUGAUCAGUGGAAAAUGAAUAUGGACUUUAUUCUCUGUGUUAUUGUUUUUGUUCCUUCCAAAUCACUUCUACAGGAAAUGGAAAAAAAAAAAAAAACAGUUUCCGGUAUAUUUCAAAGAGCAGUACAUGUGCUAAAAGGUGCUUUUAAUUGAAAAUCAGUCCUAUUUCUGCAAUACAGUCGUUCACCGACAAGUGGGAAACUAAUUCACUUGCUGCUUUGUUUAAAUUACAUGUGUACGUUCAGUACAGAGAGUAAUUUACGAAACGACAUGCAUUUAUAAUACAUCUGUGUGAAAUCUCAAAUGCUAACUCUGCUGUAGAGGUGGUGAUAGAAGUAUGGCCCUGUGGAACUCACAUCCUUUUUGUAACUGUUAUGUGCUUUAGCAUUUUUACAUGGCACUGAAUAAAUGAUUUUUCACCAUUCACCUGAAAAA